UGCUGCUUCUGCGCAGAAGCUGGGCCUGGGGCCUUCUUCUCAUCGCCUGCUGCGAGUACGUCCCUCAGCCCAUCCACGACCUGCUCAUGGGCGACAGCAAGGAGCAGCGCAUCUUGCGCCACAUGCUAGAGCAUGCCAAGGAGGGGGAUCCACAGAGCGUGCUGGAGGCCAUCGAUGACUACUGCUCGCAGGAGUUUGCCAUGAUCGUGGGCGACCAGAAAGGCCAGAUCAUGGAUGCCGUGGUGCGGGAGUACCAGCCCUCGGUGCUGCUGGAGCUGGGGGCCUACUGCGGCUACUCGGCCGUGCGCAUGGGCCGCCUGCUGGCGCCUGGUGCCCGGCUGCUCACCAUCGAGCUCAACCCUGACUACGCUGCCAUCACCCAGCGUGUGCUGGACUUCGCGGGCCUGCAGGACAGGGUAACAGUUCUGGUCGGGGCGUCCCAGGAUAUCAUCCCCCAGCUGAAGAAGAAGUAUGACGUGGACACGCUGGACAUGGUUUUCCUCGACCACUGGAAGGACCGCUACCUGCCAGACACGAUCCUCCUGGAGGAACAUGGCCUGUUGCGGAAGGGGACCGUGUUGCUGGCCGACAACGUCAUCUGCCCGGGAACACCAGACUUCCUGGCACACGUGCGCGGGAGCAGCCGCUUCGAGUGCACACACUACCCCGCCUUCCUGAAGCACAGGAAGUUGGUGGACGGCCUGGAGAAGGCCAUCUACAUGGGCCUGGGCAGCCCGGCGCAGCCUUGACGGCCCGCCCUGCUCUGCGCUCCCUCGCCAGCCUGGUUCUGAAGGGCACGAUGGACGUGCUCCCACUAACCCUACUUCUGCGGUCCUGGGGUCUGUCCUUAAAUGCAAAGCAUGCUGCAGGCCUGAGCCCUGCCCACGUUAACCUCUCGGUGCUGCAGCUCCACGCUGUCUUUUCUUUAACGACAAAUCCCAGGCUCUUUACUAAAAUCAGCUAGCUGUAAUAAUCUUA